UAAACAAACCGGGAAUUCUUCCCAGUUGUAGAUGUAAACAAAGAUGGGAGGUGACACGCAAGCAGGAGCCGAAAAUGCCAGCGAAGAACGACCACAAAAUAAUCCCUUGUCAAGGAAGAUUAAUAAGAUUUUGGAAACCAGAUUAGAAAAUGACAAGGACACACUUGAUGCCCUCAAAGAACUGUCCACUUUCUUCACUGAAAACACCCUAAGAAGCAGGAGGAAUCUUCGUGGUGAAAUUGAGAAGCGCAGCGUUGGGAUCAGUGAGGAGUUUGUCACUGCCUUACGGGAAGUCAAGGAAGCUGUUGAUGGCAUAUACACUGAGGUCAGCUCAAUGAAUGAGGUUUGUGUUGACAUGAAGCGAAGACUGCAGGCAACCAAGUCUGAGACUCGACAUCUCAUUCAUCAGACAAAUUCCCUGCAGAAUCAGAGUCAAAAGUUACGCAUGCAAGAGGAAGUUGCGCUGGCUUUUGUCAAGACAUUCCAGCUGACACCAGAGGAAGUGUUGAUAAUCAAAGGCUCAUCCAGGGAAGCUCCCAUAACACAGGAGUUCUUCACUGUGCUUGACAAGACCCAGAAAAUCAGAAACAACACAAAAUUUUUACUACAGACUGGACAUCAGAAGACUGCCUUGGAUGUCAUGGAGCAGAUGAAUGUGUGUCGUGAGGCAGGCUUGGAGAGACUGUAUCGCUGGUGCCAGAGUCAGUGCCGCUCUCCAGACCCAUCACCACUUCUCACCCAGGCUUUGGCAGCACUACAAGAAAGGCCUGUGCUUUUCAAUCUUGUUGUGGAAGAAUGGGUUGUGGUGAGGAGAGGGUGGCUGGUACGUGGCUUUCUUGAUGCCCUAACCAUUGGAGGUCCUGGAGGAGCCCCAAGACCAAUUGAACUCCAGGCCCACGAUCCUCUAAGAUAUGUGGGAGACAUGCUGGCUUGGGUUCAUCAAGCACUGCCAUCGGAGAGGGAAGCAGCCCAGACUCUCUUUGCUAAGUGCUCUAAUAUUGAAAUAAUGAGAGACGUUGUGGGAGAUCCUCUGGCCUUUUCCAUUUAUGGGAUUAAUGCCAAAGUAGAUAACCACAGUGACUCACAGGGCAGCCAUGCAUGCGUUUCUAAUCUCACACUAAGAGAUGUUGCCGAACAAACAAGGUCAACUGUGGCGAGCAUCUCAGAGAGCGUGUGCCGCCCUCUGAAAACUCGCAUAGAACAGAUGAUUGUGACUGACCAAGGGAGAGAGGGAGGAAAGAAGCCUGUGCAACUUUAUAAAAUCAGCAACCUAUUACGGUUUUAUCAUAAUACUAUUAAACAGGUUUGUUUCUUAUAUUCUAGGAAAUGUUUCAACUCAAUGUGUAACAUAGAAUUAGGUAACGUGAAUCUUCGUUUCACUUGUGGGCAGACUCUCUGGGAUCGAACUCACACUUCAGUCACAAGUGUUCCCUAUAUCUGCAUCCUCCAAAAGCUCACUCACUCUCGCUCAAGGAUGACCACGCUGGAGAGACCUUGGCUCCAACACCAGGUGUUGCUCGUUGAUACCCUCAGGCGUUGCUUACAGGAAGUGGUCACAGCCUGCCACAAGUGCAGACUGAUGCUGCCCCCAGAUCAGGACUUCUCCAAGCAGUUCGUUAGAAGAAGAAUUACUCCACAGAUUGUGAGCUGUGUUGUGGAUCCCCUGGUCAAUGCUGUUAAUGAAAGUGCAGCAGGUCUAGGCACAGUGGAGAGUGCUGUCUACCUCUUGAACUGCUUCCACCAAUUGCACUCCACCCUCUCACUAUUGCACACAACAGGAGAUAAACUGGAGAUGAUUCAGGGUCAGAUUGAUGCCCAGCUUGACACACUGGCACAAGAGCAAAUCAGUGGAGUGUGUCACAGUGUAGGAGUUGCGGGAAUGUAUCCUUUCAUUUCUCAUCCACCGCCAACACCUCUGUCACAGAAUCCUGCUUGUCAGCCACUUGCCAUCCAAUCUUUCAUGACAAAACUUGAUGGAUACCUGUCAGCUCCAGAUCACCUGAUGCUUCCUCAUACACGCCUGCUCCUGAGCUCCUCUUUCCGUCGGACAUUGCACCAACGGACGGCAGAAGCUUUGAGCUCCAUUUAUGUCAAACUGCAUUCCCUCGUGCACAAUCCUAUGAAUGGAUACACAGAUCCGUCUGCUCUCUUGCCAAGAGAUCCUGAAACAGUGAAAAAUCUGUUGUCCUAAGAAUUUUUUUCAGCUUUUUACAAGAUAUUUUUGAAUAAUGGAUGAUACCAUAAUUUUUGGCUAUGACUUGUAUUUAAUUGCACGGAGCAAUGACACUUGAUUUUUUUUUAUGUGUGUCACAGUAUGUAAUGAUACUUUAUUGUGAAGGUUUAAAUCUAAAUAGACUGUUAUAAUACUUAUGCUGAAAUUGGCAUAGUAAUUUGUUAAGAUAUUUAUGUUAGUUUAUUUGUAGAUAUUUAUGGAAUUAGGGUAAUAUAAUUGCAUAUUUCUCAUAAUAAUAAUAUUUUAAAGGA